GGGCGCGUUGCAGGCCCAUACUAUGAUUCUGUCAGGUGUAUAGUCUAUGUGCUCGAAGAUACGCAAAAGGAUGUUUACUUCGAUCUUACGAGCAUGCUUCUAGAACAAUGCAAUGCUGACAUAGUGUUGACCAGCUCCAAAGCCGACGACCCGUUUAUAUCGGUCCUUCAG